UAUCGGCUGUUUUACUUCAGUAUCUGUUUCACAGCUUGCGACACCACUCGGUAUUGCUGAGGCUGUUAUCCACUUUUAUUUUGCUACCUUACAGCGACAGGACAGUUUACUGUAUACAUUUAACAGUUUAUGGUCGUGGUUUCUAAGGAGACAGGAAGACAUGGCACUGAGGAAACGUGAGUAGGCCGGGAAGGAUCCUGGAGAUUUCCUGACUCCAGGGCUUUGAUUUGGUGGAAAAGACGAACGAUAGGCUACGCCUGGGGACCUGAGCUAGCCUGUUAGCUAGUCUUGCUAACCUCUGUAGCCUGCAGCGGCAGCAGCUGUGGUUUGAGUGACCGGCUUUACUGGCUGGCUAACAGGCUGUGUUUGGAGAGUGGAACAGUUCGCUGGUGCCCUGAAUUCAAGAAGACUCCCCGGCUCCGGCUCCCUCAAGCGGGCAGUCAGGAAAAAGCUGGCUGGGAAGGGAUGGCCUGGUCGGUCUCCCCGUCCCAAAGGACAAGGCUCAGCGGUGUUUGAAGGAGGUCGAGUGCGGCUCGAAGCCACCGCAGCGGGUCCAGGCACUAUGACUGACAUCCACCUCCCCACGGCCGGCGGCUUCCCGGCUCCCGGGCUGUUGGUCAGAAAGAGUGAAGAAAUAACGGAUUUGAUAGACCUGUUUUCCAAGACGCAGUACAGGGCAAAGGAAGUCACUCCUCGGGUGGAGGCCAUAGAGACACGCUGUCUGCACCUGUUUGCCAGAGAUUACAAGUACAGCAUCAUCCAGAACACCAACGGAGAAGUGUGUGGACACUACCCCCGACAGAUAGUUUUCCUGGAGUAUGAAUGCCUAGAUGUGGAGAAAGACAGGUUUGAGAGCACGGUGCAGAUCUCUAAGCUGCAGGACCUGGUGAACCGGAGUAAGAUGGCUCGCUGUAGAGGGAGGUUCGUCUGUCCAGUCAUCCUCUACAAUGGCAAGCAUAUAUGCCGAUCGUCCACACUGGCAGGCUGGGGGGAGCUGUAUGGACGCACAGGCUACAACUACAUUUUCUCAGGGGGCAGUGAUGACACAUGGACGGAGUCGGAGGAGUUUCCAGAGGAUGACAGGGUAGUCAGGAACGGUGACUCCCAUCUCUUCGAUAAGGUUCGAGGUUAUGACAUUAAGCUGCUGCGUUACCUGUCAGUUCGCUACAUCUGCGACUUAAUGGUGGAGAACAAGAAGGUUAAGUUUGGCCUCAAUGUGACAUCAUCAGAGAAGGUAGACAAGGCCCAACGCUAUGCAGACUUCACUUUGCUUUCUGUGCCUUACCCAGGAUGUGAGUUUUUCAAGGACUACAAAGACAGAGAUUACACAGCAGAGGGUCUGGUGUUUAACUGGAAUCAGGACUUUGUGGACGCUCCUUUGACAAUCCCCAGGUGCUUUACUCACAACUUGAACAUUGACUGGACUCAGUACCAGUCAUGGGACCUGGUGCAGCAGACCCAGAACUACCUGAAGCUACUUCUCCACAUCAUCAAUAGUGAUGAUGAUAGAGGCCUCCUGGUGCACUGCAUAUCAGGAUGGGACAGAACGCCUCUGUUCGUGUCUCUCCUCAGGCUCUCUCUCUGGGCAGAUGGUGCAGUGCAUGCCAGCCUGGAGCCCACAGAGAUUCUGUAUCUGACUAUCGCUUACGACUGGUUCCUCUUUGGUCACAUGCUGCCAGAUCGACUCUCCAAAGGGGAAGAGAUUUUCUUUUUUUGCUUCAAUUUUUUGAAGCACAUUGUUUCAGAGAAGUUCUCUACUGUUAAAAAGCAGAGUUUUAGAAGGAAGAACUCUCACUUCAAAGACGGCGAUUUCACUGUGGACGAGCUCUGCCAGCUGAAGUCCAGGGACCGUGGCAGUGUGACUAGUUUGAACAGUGACUUUUCCCUCAUCACUGAAGAGAUUGCUAGUGGAUCAAGCUUGACCAAUGACACUGUGGACCUGUCCUCCAGUCAGCCCCAAGCCUCCAACUGGAGAAAAGGCACCGCUUCCUCUUCUCCAAUGGUGGUUUGGAAUAAACAGAACCCUUUGGACGACCGCCUCUCCCACACAGCAAAUGACGCCAGGUCUUCUAGCUCCUCAUCCAAUCAUUCGGAGCAUGGCGACACUCGUACUGGCAGCAGCCCAUUGGCUGUUCCAGGGAGAAGGUUAGCAGCGGACUGUGCUCGGUCAAGUUCCUCCCUCUCUACAGAUUAUGGUAGUUGGCAGAUCGUUUCCGGUUGUGGCAGCAUCCAUGACCAUACCCAUUUCCCUCCACCUUUGGCCUCAUCCUCCAACUCAUCUGCUGCUAUCGCUGCCUACGACUCCCCCCUGCCAUUCAGCUUUCAGGAUGAAGCCAGUGGACGAAUGUGUUCCUUCCCCUCUGAGCGUCAGGCCCGUCUGGAGGCAGUACGUGAAGCCUUCUUGGCAGCCUACAGCUCCACUGUCGGCCUCAAAUCCUCAGCUCCCAGCCCCUCUGGUGCCAUCUCCGGCCUGCUGGAGCAGUUUGCCCGUGGGGUCGGCCUCCGCGGCAGUAACGCCAUCGUCUGAGCCUCGUGAUGGGACCUUGGAUCCUCCUGCUUACAUCAGUUGAUUCAGCAUGUCUGUGCCAAACAAUCCCCUCUUCAAUUUUAGGGGUGAAGCAUUAUUAUUUUUUUUAAUAUUUUAAUCUUUUUUUUUUUUUAUUUUUUAACAUGCCCUCCAUUUUAUUUUAAUUUUCCCCUGUGGACUUUAAAUGUCUGAGGUUUUUGUCACAUUCAGGAAGGGAAAUGGUUUCAAAAAGGGAUGGUGAUCAAUUUAAAUGGCUUGGAGGUCUCAUGUUAUUACAGUGUAAAGAAGUCUGCCUUGGCCUGUUCAUAGAUUUGUAACUCAAUGUCCAGUAAACAAUAUCACUGGAUUUCUUUUGCUUAUGCUGCUAUUCUUCACUGAUCCAAACAGUUCUGUGGUUCUGCUGGGCAGUGAAAACGAGACGAAGAACUUUAUGUUUUUGGUUUUUUUCCCCUCAAAUCUUCUAAAAGCAGAAAAGAUUUUAUGCAGUUCUGAUUUUGAAUUUGGCACAGUACUUUAUCCGAUCUGUUUUACUGCAUAGAGCUUCAUAUUUGUGGGGGUCUAAAGUUAAAGGGCUUUUGGUGUUGAUGUUCCCAUACAGGAAACGUUUAGAACAGUUUUUGUUCCCCUGAUGACCCAUGAACGCUUUAGCUGAAAGACCUCGUCUAGUCUGACCAUUGUCAACUUGGUUUAAAGAAAACUGAAUCAUGCUGCUUUCUUAUUUUACAAACUACUCAAUGCCAGAUAUUUGGUGCCUUGAAGUGGAACAAAAUAAUAUUGGACAAUAAAAAAUUUAGUAAAAACUGAAAUUUUUCUCCAACAAUGCAGUUUGGCUUUAGUUGGCACCAUUAACUGAACAAGCCAAAUGUUGCCUAUUUGGUUAUUACUCUGUUUGAACCUCUGCUUUGACUGGUGGAAACAGGACUGUGCCUGUGGCCAAAAGGCUGGUUAAGACCAGUUAUCAGCAACAGUCUAGACACUGCAGAGGUUAUCACUUAAGUCAAAAUGCUAAAAGUUGUAUAUGGAUGCAUUGCUUUUAAACUUGUCCAGGGAAGCUCAAUAUCAUACUACAUGCAGAUAAAAUUAGUCUGUGACUGACAGAUCAAAUUAUUUGCUUUGUAAUUUUUGUAGGAAACGCUUAAAUUUCAGGAGCUAAGAUUUACAUUAACCUUUUUUUUUUUUUUUUUUUUUGGGUUGAGUUGCACAAAAAAACUGACCUUAGAUUUAUGUGAUACUUUAAACUUUUAUAGGAAAAAGACUAAAUAUAAGGACUGUUCCUUCAUGGCUCUCACAGGGUUGAUUAUUUUAACCUUGCCAAUUACAGUAUCACCAUAUUGACUCAUAUCUGUUAAAGGUUUAGUGACUGUGAAGAAGCACUGAGCAUUGUGGUAGCAGAUAUGAACUAAAGGCCUUUUCGAUGUUUCGUCCCUCCAGUGAAGGGAGGUCCGCUUCAUUCCUGCCAGUACUGAGAUUCCUGCCCAGCUGUUAUCACAUUCACCUCCUUUCAGGUCACACGUGGACUUUCCUGCCCACUCAGUUGGGUCAGUUCAUGCUUAAGUUGUAAACUAGCCUAUCGGUGUUGCCAAACUGUUUCACAGUUGCUGUACCUCAGGGCCUUUCUGUUGUGCCUUUGUUGUUUUGGUCCCACCUCUUAAUUGUUUAGCACUGGACGAGUCUUCUGUCCAGUUUCAGGUAUAUUUUCUGUUAAAUGUGUGCAUUAAAUUUUUAAACAUUUUUGUUAAAGAGCUUUGUCUUAAGUCGACUGCAGUGAAACCCGUGAGGCUCUCAUGUGGCUGCAGUUUGUACAAUGACAUAACGCUUUUUGUGGAGAUUGAUGUUGGCUAUCGGGCAGCAGUCUUUCAGUUGUGCCUCUGUAAAUGGCAGUUGCUGAAAAUGACUGGUAUCGUAAUUUUUAUUUUUAUUUUUUUAUGAAUAUAAUAUCCUUUUGGGAAAUGUGCUCAGGAUUGAGAUGAAAAGGUUGGCACCAGGAUAAGUGCAGCGCUACAACAGGAUGUCUAGCCAUGAUUUGGAUCAAGAAAGAUUAAACCUUAGUUUAAAAGAAGACUUUCAGAGCUUUGUUAUAUAGAGACGGUCUUGUAGGAGAGUGGAACAGCUUUGAACUUUAUUUUUUAUUCCCCACCCUGAAAAAUAAACUUUUGGACAAACUUGAAGCCAGCAGCUUUUCCUUGGUUGAGCGAGGCUAUUCUGACUCGCUGUCCUUGACACACGCAGCCUUUUGCUCUUGAGCCAUCUCCCAAAAUCUUGAAUUAACAGAAUGUUUCUUUUGCUAUGCCUGAAACCAAAGUCUGUUUUCUUUAUGCCUCAGAUCAUGAGCUGAGGCGUUUUAAGUCACUUGAAUACUUACUGUGUCACGAUUAUUCAUGAUGAUCUUGAUGCAGUAAGUACUCUGAAUGUGGCAUGUACCAGUUGUUUGCAAGAGCUGCCAGUGGUUUAAUCUUGUACUUCCAAAGAGACUAAUGGAUCAAUCUGCCCUGUUUUGAUGUAAUGAAAGUCUGACUGUUAUGACACCAUCUCCCUGUCAGGUUUUGAGCUAAAUCCUUAAAUUCAGUUCUCACAUUUAUCUGUGGUUUGGCAAAGUAUCUAGCAUUCAAAAAACAUUGUCAAUUUUUUUUUUUCUUUUACAAUUUUUAAUAAACAAACGCGCCGCCCUCAGUCUCUCAGUUGGGGUCGAUCAUUGUUUCACAAAUGAGGUUUUAACUUGUUGAAAUGCUGCAUUGCUCUUGUCUAGUGUCCUGUGUAGAGUCUUUGUAUAUCUGAUGCAUUUUUAAAGAAAGCUAAUUUUUUUUCUUUUUCCUUUUGGGUUAUCAAAUACCAUUACUUGUUGAUGGAUGUUGAGCUACAGUUGAAAGUGACUUUUUUGAAUAAAGGAAAAAUAAUAAUUCUUGGU